GCCAAGGGCACAGUCUCCUCCCCUCCCAUCCCCUGUCUGCAGUGCAGGCUAGGCUACAGCCACCAAGCUCAGCGGCGGCGCUGGCCAUGGAGAUGGAGCCGGCCGGCCCUAGUGCCAAGAGAAUGCGGCUGAUGGGGCGGGACAUCCACGAAUCGCAGCUGGCGCCCGCGGGGAGAGCCCGACACCCGCCGCCGCCGCCGGGAGCAGGGGGGGAGGGCGAAGGACCGCCGGACCGCAUCAGCGACCUUCCCGACGCGAUCCUCGGUGAGAUAAUCUUCCUCCUCCCCACCAAGGAGGCCGCCCGCACCCAAGCCCUCGCGUCCCGGUGGCGCCACCUCUGGCGCGCCGCCCCUCUCAACCUCGACUGCCGUGGCCUCCCCACCAACCUCCCCGGCGCCAUAAUCUCCGCCCACGGGGGCCCCGUCCACCGCCUCUGCCUCCCGUCGCUCCUCCUCCAGUGCAGGGCCGACGUCGCAGUCACCUGGCUUCAAUCCCCCACCCUGGACAAGCUACAGGAGCUCGAGUUCUACCUAGCGCUGCCAAUAACAUACAGAUUUUCCUUCUCGAGGUUACAGCUGCUGCAACCACCACCGCCGUCCAUCUUCCGCUUCUCGUCCACUCUCCAGGCCGCCACCAUCAGCCAGUGCCAUCUCCCGGACAAUACUGUGGAGACGCUUCAGUUUCCCCUGCUCAAGAAGCUUGCACUCGUGGAGGUCAAGAUCUCGGAGGGCUCGCUGCACACCAUCAUCACCUCCGGCUGCCCUGCCCUGGAAUGCCUGUUGCUCAGGACUAGUUUUGGCAUCCAUGGCCUGAGGAUCAACUCCCCUAUCCUUAAAAGUAUAGGCGUUCAUUCUUGCUUCGUAGAGCUCAUCAUUCAGGAUGCCCCUUCGCUUGAAAGGUUGCUCUAUCUGAGAAUGGAUAUGAGAAUGCAAGUGUCAGUAAUCUCCGCACCUAGACUGGCGACCUUGGGUUACAUUUCUCAGGAUUCACGGGACUCCAAAGUCAUGUUUGGCUCCACAGUUAUUCAGACAUUGCGCGUUGUUAGCCUGACAACGCUGGUGCGUAAUGUCAAGAUCUUGGCCGUCCAUAUGAGUUUUGAUCUGGAUAUGGUUAUUGACUUGAUGAAAUGCUUUGUAUGCUUGGAGAAGUUGUAUAUGAAGAUUCAGACAGAUUCACCAGCAGGAACAAAUUUCUGGCGGCAUAAACAUCGGAAUUUUCUCACAUCCCAUGAGAUUCGUUUGAAGACCAUAGUGCUGGGAUAUUACCGAGGCAUCCAGGCACAAGUUAACUUUGUCACAUUCUUUAUACUGAACGCGAGACUGCUAGAGUCCAUCCGACUUGAGGUUGAUUCCAGGGAUUACAAUGACAGAUUUUUUGCAGAACAAUGUAGGAUGCUUCAGAUGGAGAAGAGGGUUUCUAGAGGUGCUCAGCUUUGUGUUACAACAGGUUAUCACCAUGAUGUUUCGAGUACCGCUGGUCUCAAUGAUUUGGAUUUGGUCGAUCCGUUCGCAUGUAGAUGUUGAGAGUUGGUCUGGCCCCUAGUGGAGUAAUUCUGGCGUAUCUCUUUCUGUGUUUUGCCCAAGCUUGACUAGUCCUCUCAUAUUGUCCACUGGAGCGCCUCCCAAAUUGUUCCAUUUGCAGUGCAGAUUGUACAGUGUAUCCUGAAUGUCUAUUGGGAAGCACAAGCUUUUACUGGAUUUACCCAGUUUGUAUGUAUCUGAGUUUGCAUAAAGCAAGUGUUAUGUUGGUUCUUUCCAGUGUCUGUUCUGCUGUAUAACUAGGAGUAUUGAGGUAAUUAAUUAUUGAUCGCUCGCAACUUCAGAGAUUUUGACCAA